AAAGUCAUUAAUGGGUAUGAGAAUAAAAACAGAAGCAAAAGCCUUGCAGAAGCAAAAGAUAAAAACCAUUAAUGGAGGGUGUGAGUGCUCAAUUAAGAUUCUUUUACACAAAGGGUGUUCCAAACUAACAUGUUCUAUUUUUAAUAUUAUUUUAAUCUACCGUUUUCUUAUGUUUCUCCACCCUUGUUUCUCUCUCAAAGACCACUAUGUUUCCAUCAGACAUUGACUAUACCUUAAGUAUUCUGAGGUGCUCACUACGGCAGAUCGGUGAGCAGCUAUGGUGAGGAAUGUGUUGGAAGGUUGGCUUUAUACAAUGGGUUAAAACUGAAAAUUCUAUUAAUACAUCCGGAUUUCUAUUAUUCUGGGACAAAUUUAGAGGUAGAAUACAGUUACUACUGAAGUUGUAUAACUUGUAGCUUUAGCCUACACAAUUCAGAUAAUAAAGCUUUGAAAUUUCUUCAGAUAGGUGAGCAACAUAGCAGGCUUUCAAUAAUGAACAUGGGAAAACAACUUUUGGGUCAAGAUGAGAAACAAUUUGAAAUGAAGAAUACAUGGGUGCCCAUCACCCUUGAGAAGCUCGAUCUACUAAGAUCUAAUACACCAUCAGACUGGCCAGUGAACCAAAUGAGAAGAGCAAAUUAUCAAGAAAAUCCUGUGCCUGGAAGUGAUUACAUGAAAGAGAAGCUAAAGCAUUACCAAGGUCCAAAUCAGAAUCUCCAUCUACUAGGACAAACAGGCCGAACUGGGGAGAUCAAAACUUUUGAUAGCAACUUGGUAGAUAGAAAUAGUGUUCUUGAUCACAUUCCAGGCUCCUACACUCAGCCGUGGCACUAUGAUAGCAAUGGUUCAAACAGUAAUACCUUGGAACUAUUGCUCAAGAAGAGCGCAACUAAUAUAGCUUCUGCUGACAGGAAUUUGGAUGCAAGCAUUAACAUGUCAGCAAGAAAUCCACUGCUACCAAAUUCUUAUUCUCAGGCUAGCAGUGAUGUUAGUGAUCCCUAUGCAGGUGCACAAAGACGCAAUAUCCAUUCAGCUUCAGACAUUGUGUUUAAAGAAGCAAAUCGACUUCUGUUUCCAAAUAGGAAUUCUGAAUUCAGCGACAGUAUCUCUAGCAGCUUGCUCAACAAUGACAAUCAUUGUUCAGUCCCAAGCCAACUGGAGGGCAUCUUUGAGAUACCCUAUGGUGAAUCAUAUCUUAAUUAUAAUCUGAACUACGUGCCAAUGGCGGGAGCUGAUGCCACUGCUAGUUUUACCAACACUCUCCAAUCAGUACCAAAAAUGAUGGAUCAACUCAAAUUUGUGGACAACCAGUUUUGUACAAUACCAGAUUACAUAAUAGCUGAAAGCACAAAUCAGGAAAAAGAGAAACAAAAAGACUUUAUUGCUUUCGCAGAGAACGAAGUUCAGGAAUAUGGCGAUGGGCUUCUACAGCAAAUUGUAGAUUCAUCAUCUGCAGUUAUUUCUACAGCAUGCGGGGAUCAAAAGGGUUCUGACGACAUCUUUGGCAAGGUAAGUGACCUGGGUUUUGACCUCAACAAGACACCUGAGCAGAAAGCACCCCAACGAAGAAAGCAUAGGCCAAAAGUAAUUGUAGAGGGCAAGCCCAAAAGAACACCAAAGUCUGCAACUCAGAAGACACAGAAUAAGGAGAAACCAAAGAAAAAGAGAAAGAAUGUCCCAAAAACUGCAGCAACACCACAGACUGAUGUUAUAGAAGAAAGUGUUGAUUCUACCGUUGCAACUAAAAAAUCCUGCAGGAAAGCACUAAAUUUUGACUUGGAACAUAGUAAAUAUGAAAGCCAGAGCAGAAUAGGUUGCCCACAGGAGAUCUGCCAUAAAACUGAGAAAGCUUUCAAUACCACUUCAGACCACAAGGCCAAAGGGAUGCUGGGUAGAGCAACUAUAACCUAUGGUACAAACUCAGUUUUACUGAUCAGCUCGUGGGAUGAACUUGCAGUAGAAAAUCAACGACCCAGAAACACAGACAAUAAUACACUUCUACUGCAUGAAAAACCAACUAAUAAUUACUGGUCAGAAAGGAAAUCAACCACAGCCUUGUCAGUAACUAUAGAAGAACCACAGAUAGAAAAUUUUCCUGUCACUGAUGAUCGUCAGGCUCAAGGAAAUUGUGAUUUGUACCAGGAGGGAAAUAAUGGAUGUAUGCAGCAAUAUGUUCAUGCCAAGGAAUUUGACAACAUCCUAUUUCAAUCAGAAAGAUGUUUUGAAAACUCCCAGAAGACUGGAGAACCAAUUUGUCAGAAUACCCUUCAGUUGGUGCCUAACAUCCUCUCCAAUUCCAAUAAAGCAAAGGGUUCCAAAAGAAAAUAUUGCAAGAGGACUGAGAACCAACAUGACUCAGCCACAAACUCAUUUCAUACUUCCUUCUGCCAAAAGACUUUACAAGCAGAUGGAAAUUUAAAAAAUGCAGCUCCUGACAAAGAUGUCAUUAAAAUGCAGAAGAUUAAAAAACCUCAAAAUAGAUGCAGUGCAAAAGUCAGUCGAAGGUCUUCCAGCCAAAAAAUGUCUAAAGAGAAUCCACAGAACUCGCGAAAAAGAGGUAAAAAAGGAUUUCAAUCACAGUCUAAUGAAGAAAUGCCAAAUAUCUGCAUUGAAAGUAAUAGAUUUGUAGAGCAGCAAAACAAAGGAACCAGCAUUGAUAUCUCAGAGGAACCAGACCAGAUAUAUUCUGCACUGAUAGAUGAGAUAAUUUGUCAACUGAAUGGUCUCGAACUUGGGGAGAGCAACAUACCAAAGAUGGAAGGACAAAAGGCACUUGUCCCGUAUAAUGGAGAUCGGUCAGUUGUACCCUUCCAGGAAUUUGAAUUAGCUAAAAAACUUAAACCAAGGCCUAAAGUGGACCUUGACCAAGAAACAGAGAGAACCUGGAAACUAUUGAUGGGCAAAGGAGGAAGUGAAGGCCCUGAAGGAACUGACUUGGAAAAAGAGAAGUGGUGGGAAGAAGAAAGAAAUGUUUUUCAUGGACGAGUUGAUUCCUUCAUUGCACGGAUGCAUCUUAUUCAAGGAGAUAGACGAUUUUCAAAGUGGAAAGGAUCUGUUGUUGACUCGGUGAUAGGUGUUUUCCUCACUCAGAAUGUUUCAGACCAUCUUUCAAGCUCUGCCUUCAUGUCUCUAGCAUCAAGGUUUCCUCUUCAGUCAAAAAGCAGCAAGAAAUCAUAUGAUGUUGACACAAAAACAUUGCUUGAAGAAGCAGAACUCUGCAUAGUAAACCCAGCUGAUACAAUAACAUCGUAUGGAUUUCAUACAUUAAAUCAACCAACCUAUCAUCUUGGCUUUGAGAAACCAUAUCAUGCAACAGAGCUUUGGAGAGACAGUGAAACAUCAAGGACAAAAGGGAGCCUAAUAAAGCCAAAUAAUCAGGGCUCAGAGGAAGAAUUUUUAUCAUCCCAAGAUUCUCUUGAUUCCUCAAUUACUCAAGAUGCCAGAAUUAGAUCCUCCUCAGUAUCCAAUUCAGAAUCAGAAGGACUUGACUGCAGGUGUGAACCCAGAAAGACUCAGUUUUUAAUGUCAACAAAUUCUUUACAGGUAGGAAAGACCACAAUGUUCCAGGAAUUUUACAACAGUGUAAAUGGUGUGUCACUGUUUGAGGAGAGAAAUAAAGAUGGACAGCUGCAUCCAGCAGAGCAUGUGAAACAAAAUUGUAGAACAGGCAGAAACAAUAGUCCCUAUGUCUGCUCAGAAUAUAGUCAUCCUAGCAACUAUGCUUAUCCACCAAAGCAACUACCUGUAGUUCCUUCAACUGACUACAGGUUAUAUUACUCAGACACACAAGGGUUGAAGAAUUUUCAAAUGAAUGGUGGAGAGUUUUCUUGGACUGAAACUGUUUCUGUGCACAGUGAAUUCCAGGACAACAAUUGUUGGAUAUUUGGCAAUAGGAAAGUGGGAGAUAGAGCAGAUAAAACCCCAGAGAUGCAGUAUGGAAGUGAAACACUAGGGUCUCUAGAGUUGCCAACAAUCAGCCCUUAUCGACCAUUAGGCAAGCAUUUAGUCAUUCCACAAGAUACUUCUCAAUUUGGAUCUCAUAUAAACUAUAAUCAAGCAUCACCUAAUCAUCAUCUUGUCAGUCAGAAAUCCUUAGAAUCAGAAAGCAGCGCAUUUACAAAGUCAUUAAAUAGUUCUCGCAUAUUGGGCAGAGGUCAAGAUGAUGUAGUUUAUGACAGCUGCAAUAUUCCUAAGUAUGCAGAAGGUCUUGACAGUGAAAAAAUUAUAUCUGCAGCAAACAGCAAAGGAUGCUCCGAAAAUAGUAAUGCCAAAUCAAUUCCACAGAAGCAAGUUCAUUCAUCCAACCCUGGUGAUAAAAAGAGAAAAAUCAAGGUUUCAAAAGCAAGGAAAGCAAAACCUGAGACCGAUAAAAAGCAUGGAUGCGACUGGGACAAACUAAGAAAGGAGGUACAGGUAAAUGGGACAGAGAUAGAAAGAAGCACAGAUACAAUGGAUUCACUGGACUAUGAAGCAGUAAGAUGUGCCUCUGUUAAAGAGAUAUCAAAAACUAUCAAAGAACGAGGGAUGAACAACAUGCUAGCAGAACGAAUCAAAGAAUUCCUGGACAGAUUGGUUACCGACCAUGGAAGCAUUGAUCUAGAAUGGUUACGACAUGUUCCCCAAGACAAAGUAAAGGAGUAUCUGCUAAGCAUUCGAGGAUUAGGGCUAAAAAGUGUGGAAUGUGUACGGCUUCUGACACUUCAUCAUAUGGCUUUCCCAGUUGACACCAAUGUUGGAAGGAUAGCCGUUAGACUUGGAUGGGUCCCUCUCCAACCACUUCCUGAAACACUUCAGUUACACCUCCUUGAAUUGUAUCCAGUGCUGGAAUCAGUUCAGAAGUAUCUUUGGCCCAGAUUGUGUAAACUCGAUCAAAGAACCUUGUAUGAGCUACACUACCAGAUGAUUACGUUUGGGAAGGUUUUCUGCACAAAGAAAAAACCAAAUUGCAAUGCAUGCCCAAUGCGAGCAGAGUGCAGGCACUUUGCAAGUGCUUUUGCAAGUGCACGGCUUGCCUUGCCUGGACCAGAAGAGAAGGGCAUCGUAAGUAUGCAUGUUCCCAUUGCAGCUGAGAGAAACUAUUUUGUCAAUAAGAACCCUGUGGUCCUACCUCUCCUUGAGAACAACUUGAGCAGAGAAGUAAGUCCGGAAAGUGGGCAGUGUGAACCAAUUAUUGAAGAACCAGCAACACCAGAACAAGUGUGGACAGAGGCAGGAGAAAGUGACAUUGAGGACUUUUUUAGGGAGGAUCCUGAUGAAAUUAUUUCCAUUGAGCUCAAUACCAAAGAGUCAACAACAAAUAUACAGAACCUCUUGCAAGAAUACAAUGAGCAUCAUGAAGGUGACAUGUCUAAGGCACUUGUUGCCUUGACUUCACAUUCUGCUUCUAUUCCUACACCAAAACUGAAGAAUGUGAGUAGGCUAAGAACAGAACACCAAGUAUAUGAACUUCCAGAUUCACAUCCUCUCUUGGAAAACAUGGAUAAACGGGAACCUGAUGACCCAAGCCCAUAUCUUCUUGCAAUAUGGACACCAGGUGAGACUGCAAAUUCUGUUCAACCACCAGAAAGAAGGUGUGGAUCCCAAGACUCAACCAACUUGUGCAGCGACAACACAUGCUUUUCAUGCAACAGCAUUAGGGAAGUCAGUUCACAAACAGUUAGAGGAACACUUCUGAUACCUUGUAGGACAGCAACUAGGGGAAGCUUUCCAUUGAAUGGGACUUACUUUCAAGUUAAUGAGCUAUUUGCGGAUCAUGCAUCCAGUGUUCAACCCAUUGAUAUCCCUAGGGAAUGGAUAUGGAAUUUGCCAAGGAGGACGGUAUAUUUUGGGACCUCUGUAACAUCAAUUUUCAGAGGCCUCUCAACCCAAGAAAUUCAGCAUUGCUUUUGGAGAGGAUUUCUUUGUGUCAGGGGAUUUGAUCAAAAGGAACGCGCACCCCGGCCCCUUCAGGCCCGAUUUCAUUUUACAGCAAGUAGGUUAGUAAAGACAGAAAAAAGACGAGAUUAAUGAGACAUGUUGCAGAGAUACGUACCAGAAAAAAGCUAAUCUUGAAGAUCAAACUUUCUAAGACCUAAGAUGAUUGCUGCCUGAGUGACAGGAUUGAUUAGCAUGCUUCACACCUUCAACUAGUCUUUUUUCUAACAUGAAACAAAUAUACAGCAUGUUAUAAAGAAGAAGAGUUUUCAGUUUAGGAUAUGAAAUCCCAUAACAAGUGGGAUUGACCUGUAAAUCAUCUCUAUUCAAACAUGAAACAGUCAUUCAUUAAAAACAUGUUGACAUUAUAUUAAAUCAAUUGUAGCAAUUGCUUUAUAAUCAAUAGAAGUAGUCAAAGAUAAUGAAAAGAAA